AUGAAGACAUUUUACAUUUUGAAUUUCCUUUCAAUUUUAGAGAUAAUAUACUCUUAGUAUCUCCUAUCUGUAGAUUCUUUCUUUUAGAAAAAGGAAACAAUUAUGGAACUAAACGGGGAAGUUACAAACAAUUUUGGAAUAGUCUUUGGGAUCUGGUCUAAAUACAAUCCUUUAAAUAAAAUAUCAUAUGGAGGAAUUGUUGGAUUAUCGGAUAGCAAUUGUUUCCAUUAUCUGAAUUUUAUAUAAGAAUCCUCUGGAUAUUUGGAAUUAAUACUUUAUGAUUGCCUUUACCCUGAAAGUUUAACUAUUGAGAAGACAAUAGCCUACAAUACUGCAGAUGGAUUAUCACAUAUACAUAAAGUGAAUAUUGAUCCAUUGAGGUAUGAAAAUGUUUGGUAUCUAUUUGAAUUACUUUACUUGCCAUCUGCAUAAAAGCUUGAAUUAAUCAUCGUAAAAGAAGACUAAUUUAUAUUACAUGAGCUGUUGAAUGAUAAAAUAAUAAAAACAAAAAACCUAAUAUUAACUAUUGGAAGUGGACUAAUUGUACAAAAUUCAAAUAUUGAAUCCAUAGAAGUUGGAUCAAAAUUUUCUUAUUUUCCAGGGCAAAUGAAAUUAUUAAAAGUAAGUCAGGGAAUUGUUACAAAUUUAGAUCCUUAAAUAUUGGGAAAAGGAAUCUAUGUAUUAUUUUUUGAUAGUAUUUCCGAAUACUAUUGCAAAUAAAAUACUUAAUAUUAACUAUUAGAUCAAGAUAUAACUUAGAUAGAUACAAUGACUUUUACCUCAUAAAAUAUAAACAUUAAUUCAUUUACAUUUUAUGGUUGGUAUAAAAUAAAAGAAAUACAUUAAAAUGAUGAAUAGUUUACUUAUUAAUUUUUGAAGAUAAUGUCAAAUUUUGAAAAUGAACAAUUAUCUAAUCCUAAUUUAACACCAUUUUAGUUAUCUUAUAAGAUAUCUUCUAAUAAUUAUAAAAUUAUUAUCAGUACAUAUAGUUAUAAAUUUCCAUCUGUUACUUUAGAUUUUACUAAUAUUGAUAAUGCCUUUAUUUUGAAUCAAGAAUUUGAAAUAUUACAUAAAAUAACUUUAUGGCAUAAUUUGUAAGUAAAAUUAGUAGAUGAAUAAAUUUUUAUUUCUAUAAAAUUUUACGAUUCUUAUGAUAUUCAUGAAUACACUGCUUAAUUUAAUGUAAAAUAGUUCCAUAAUGUAUAAUUUAAAUUAUUAUAUGGAAAUUUAUAAAAAUCUCCUUUAAAUUAUCUUGAUAUUUAAACUAGAAAUUAAAUUUUUUAUAAUUGUUAAUAAUAAUUUGAACAACAAAAUUGUCAUUAUACAUGUUAAGAUUGUGAUGGUCCAACAAAAAGAGAUUGUUUAUCAUGCUCUUAAGAAUCAUCAAGAAUAUAUCUAUAAGAAUAUAAAGCAUGUAUUUGUCCAUAUGAUUAUUAUGAUGAUUAAAUUAAUUAGAAUUGUAAAUCAUAUAGUGAUUUAUAAUUUAUAAUAAAUUAAAUAUAAAUAGAAAAUGGAUGUAAAUUUGGUUAUUUUGAAUUUGAUGAUUCUUGUUAUGCAUGGUAAAUAUUUAUUAAUAUAAAGUCCUUCUAUUAUUUCUAAUUAAUUGACAUCAUGUUUAGAAUGUAUAUAAAAUGUUAAAGGAUGGUAAUAUAAUCCAUAUUGCUAAACUACUGUUUACAUAAAUCCAAAUGGAAAUACAGCUAAAACAAUAUCUGAUGAUGAUUACUUAUACUAUGUAUUUGAUGGAUUAGAAUCUUAAAUGUGUAGAUAUUGUAAUUAAUAAUUCUUAUAGAAUAUUGAUAGUAUAUAUCAAGACUUUAAUUUAUUAAUUUAAACAUUUAAAUAAUUUUGUUAACUUAGCAAAAACUAUUUUUAUGGAACAUUUGACUUUAAUGUUUGUUAUGAAUGUAAUAUUUUAGGAUGCAUUACUUGUUCUAUUGGUAUAACAGAUUUUCAAUGUACUAGUUGUGAAAGGCCUUGGAUAUUGGUUAAUGGAAUUUGUACAUUUAAUUCUUAUUCUGACAAAAAUAAUGAAUGCUUAACUCCUUAUUAUAGAAAUUCUAUUGGAGAAUGUAAAUUAUGUAAUCUUUAAAAUUGCAAAUAUUGUUUUGAAUAUAAUAAAAAUGAUCUAUCAAAAUGCACUUUGUAUGCAAAUUUUGAUAAAUUUGAUUAAGAUGAAUAUUUAGCUAUUGGAUGUGCACUUUGUGAAGAUAAUUUUAAUUUUGAUUUUAAUAUUGGAGAAUGCAUAUACAAAUAACCAUCUUUACCUAAUUGUAUAAGGUCAUUUAUUAAUUUAUAAAAUUAAGAGAUAUGCACUUUAUCAUCCACUGAUUUUAGUAUAGCACCAGAAAUUAUUAAUUGUGAUAAGUUUAUCUCAAACUGUUUGUAAUGUAUUUUCACUCCUCAGUCUUCAAUAAAAUGCAUCAUUUGUUAAAGUGGAUUUACUAGUACUUUAAAUUUAGGAAGUUGUUAUCCAAAUUAAUUUGAAGAUGCAAAAAUAGUGAUAGAGGGAGAUAAAGAAAUAGUUGAUGGUUGGGUUUAAAGAGUAUAAAGUUUUAUGAUGACAUUUUUACCAAACUAAUAUUUUUAUUAAAGGCCGUAUAAUGAUUAGAAUGUUAUAUAAUUUUAAGUUGAAUGUAAAGAAGGAUACAAAUAAAAUGAUUAAUAAGAUUGUAUAAAGUAUUGUACUUCUGAUUGUUUGAAAUGCGAUUUAUCUAUAAAUUCUGACAUUUUUAAUUGUAUUUAAUGUCCAUAAAAUUACUACUAAUAACCAAUUCGUAGUGAAAUAGAUGGCUAAUGUAUAGAAUGUCCUGAAUUGUGUGAUGUUUGUGAAAGAAGAUCCGAAACAGAAAUUUAUGUAAGAUAAGUUAAUUAUUUUUAGAAACUAAAUCCAAACUUUAAGAUGAAUGGAAUAAACAGAAAAUAUACAAAUAAAUGUAUCCGAAAAGUUUCAUAUCCAAAUGUGAUUAUCGAUCCAUACUUUUUUAUUGCUAAAUAUUGUUAUACUAUAAAUUGCAUUUAAGAAUUUAAUUUAGAACUAUCUAGCUAAGAUAAUUAUAUUGAUAUUGAUUCAAAAGUUAAUAUAUAGUAUAGUNUAGGAUGCAUUACUUGUUCUAUUGGUAUAACAGAUUUUCAAUGUACUAGUUGUGAAAGGCCUUGGAUAUUGGUUAAUGGAAUUUGUACAUUUAAUUCUUAUUCUGACAAAAAUAAUGAAUGCUUAACUCCUUAUUAUAGAAAUUCUAUUGGAGAAUGUAAAUUAUGUAAUCUUUAAAAUUGCAAAUAUUGUUUUGAAUAUAAUAAAAAUGAUCUAUCAAAAUGCACUUUGUAUGCAAAUUUUGAUAAAUUUGAUUAAGAUGAAUAUUUAGCUAUUGGAUGUGCACUUUGUGAAGAUAAUUUUAAUUUUGAUUUUAAUAUUGGAGAAUGCAUAUACAAAUAACCAUCUUUACCUAAUUGUAUAAGGUCAUUUAUUAAUUUAUAAAAUUAAGAGAUAUGCACUUUAUCAUCCACUGAUUUUAGUAUAGCACCAGAAAUUAUUAAUUGUGAUAAGUUUAUCUCAAACUGUUUGUAAUGUAUUUUCACUCCUCAGUCUUCAAUAAAAUGCAUCAUUUGUUAAAGUGGAUUUACUAGUACUUUAAAUUUAGGAAGUUGUUAUCCAAAUUAAUUUGAAGAUGCAAAAAUAGUGAUAGAGGGAGAUAAAGAAAUAGUUGAUGGUUGGGUUUAAAGAGUAUAAAGUUUUAUGAUGACAUUUUUACCAAACUAAUAUUUUUAUUAAAGGCCGUAUAAUGAUUAGAAUGUUAUAUAAUUUUAAGUUGAAUGUAAAGAAGGAUACAAAUAAAAUGAUUAAUAAGAUUGUAUAAAGUAUUGUACUUCUGAUUGUUUGAAAUGCGAUUUAUCUAUAAAUUCUGACAUUUUUAAUUGUAUUUAAUGUCCAUAAAAUUACUACUAAUAACCAAUUCGUAGUGAAAUAGAUGGCUAAUGUAUAGAAUGUCCUGAAUUGUGUGAUGUUUGUGAAAGAAGAUCCGAAACAGAAAUUUAUGUAAGAUAAGUUAAUUAUUUUUAGAAACUAAAUCCAAACUUUAAGAUGAAUGGAAUAAACAGAAAAUAUACAAAUAAAUGUAUCCGAAAAGUUUCAUAUCCAAAUGUGAUUAUCGAUCCAUACUUUUUUAUUGCUAAAUAUUGUUAUACUAUAAAUUGCAUUUAAGAAUUUAAUUUAGAACUAUCUAGCUAAGAUAAUUAUAUUGAUAUUGAUUCAAAAGUUAAUAUAUAGUAUAGUAACUAAAUUGGGCUCAAUAUUUUAUCUAUUAAAAUUGAUCAAAAGAAAGAUGAUGAGUCUUAUAAAGAUUUUAUGUAAACAUCUUAAUUGAAAUCAGAAAUUUUUAGUUUAAGAUUUCUGAAACUCAGAUUGAAUCUUUAUGAAAAUAAUUUGAAAACUUUUAUUGUAUCAGGUUUUGAUUUUAUAGAAAUUAAUGAUGCACAUUUCUAAUUUAAAAAUUAAGAUCAUUUUUAAUUUGAAAAUAAAAAUUAAUAAGUAAAUUUAUUAUUAAAUAACAUUGUAAUAUAAUAGAGUUCAAUUUCAAAUGUUAAUCCUAUUUUAGAUUCAGAUAUAUUUGGAGAUAUAACUUUGAAAAAUAUAUUAAUAAUUGAUACAAAUCUGAAAAAUUCUUCAUUAUUCAAUUUUUAGUAAAAAUAGUAAUAAGGAAUAAUCAAAAUUGAGAAAAUGACUUUGAAAUAAUGCAACUUUACAAAUACUUAAUUCUUAUAAAUUUUUAACAAUAAAAUUAAGAUUUAAAUUGAUUAAUUAGUGAUUGAUUCAUGUUAAUUUGUAAAUUCGUCAUUCAUUACAUUUUUAAAUAAUUUAAUUUAUAUUGGUGAAUUUGAAAUCAAUACAAUAAAUUUCACAUAUAAUAACCUUUAUUAAUCAUAUUUUUUGAAUAGCACUUAUAAUUUCCAAAUUUGGAUAAUUAACUUUAAUUUUUAAUAAAAUUUGAUUGAAAUGUCAACUAUUAUAAAAUUUAAUUCAAAUACAACUUUGCUAAAGACUGAAAUAAAUUAAAAUACUUUUAUUAAUUCUUAUUUUAUGGCUGCUAUUUAGAUUGAUGUUCAAAAUAAACUUGUUUGUUUAAUUGAAAAUUAUUUAGUUUAUGAAAAUGAUCUUACAAACUCUAAUUUAUUAAAUAUAGAAUCAACAUUAUCAAAUAAGAAUAUAUAUGUUUAAUUAAGAUCCUUUACAAUUUCAUAAAAUUAAAGAGGAAUUAAUUAAUAACAAUAAAUCAACUUAUUUAAUAUUCAUUGCUUCCAACNGGAAGUUGUUAUCCAAAUUAAUUUGAAGAUGCAAAAAUAGUGA